AUGUGCGCCGGGACGAGCGGGCCUCGUCGCCGCCCUCCGCGCCUCGCGGCGGCCCCACACCCCAAGAACGCGACGACCGCGGAAAAGCCCACCCCGUUCAAGUCAAACGUCUGGAGGCUUAAACCACUGUACGAGGGCAGGCAAGAAGGUGCGGCGGAAUUCGCACGCGGCCGCCACAACACCCAAGCCAGGCCUCAAACCAACCACGAGGCACGCGAGGGCCGCUGGCAGCUCAAAGAGGCCAGGCCCGCGGGAGCCACACCCGGCACUCACCUGUGUUCUGGCGGCAAACCCGUUGCGAAAAAGAACGUUCAAGGCGGCUACGGCACUUAUAUACGGUCCUCCCCCACCCUCGGGGAAGAGGGCGGAGCCAGCACACGACACCACUUUCCCAGUUUACCCCGCGCCAACUCCAUCAGGCACCGGUUCGGUCGCCAUCCCCUCCCCCUACUGCUCGGGGACCGUGGGCGAUGUGCGCUCAGCCCACUAAAGAGCGCACAUCUCCUCGCGCAUGCUCCUCUUGACCCCGAUGACGGCGAGAGUCCGCCCUGGGCUGGCUCCUCCCUCGCCCCUGCCUUCUCUUCCUCUCGGGGCUGGAGAGUACAAGGCCCGGGCUCCCAGGGCAGCGAGGGACCCGAGGGGCCGCCUUCACAGCCGGAGAAUCCGCAAGGGUUUCAACUCGGUGGCCGUGACCCGGACGAAUGUGCUCUUGGGCUAGCCUUUUGGCUUGUUCCAGUCCGAGCCCGCUGCUUUUACCGAAGCCCGAGUCACACGUUCACCCCAUAUGCUCUUUUGAAUGGUGAAAAAAAUAAUCCAGCAUUCCACAUAAAGCAACAGAAUGGUCCAAGAGUGUUCCAGGAGCAGAUAAAGACAGCGGGACUUUCAUUAUUAUGCCCAAGAAAGAAAGGAAAAUUAAAGAAGUGUGCCUCCAAAGCCAUCCCAGACUGUAAGCAAGUUUUCCCCAACGUCUGGGAUUGCAGCUGGUCUUUGUUUCCUGAAAGGAAGGACUGAUGCUGAUUAAUUCAGAAAAACAAACUUGGAAUGAUAAAGUACUUUCCACACACUGCUGACAAUCUAUGCACUUGCCAGUUUACAUCUUUCAUCUCUCUCCUACCACUGCCUCCCUCCUUGGCAAAGUCCAAAGCCUUCAUGAGUACUGCAGCAAAAUCCUUAUUCUUGCUGGGAUCAGGAGUCAUGUUUUUUACAAAUAAAACAUCUUAAUCUAAUAAAAAGAGCUGGGGCCUGGGAGUGUCUCCCACAAA